CCGCGAUGGCGGUGGAUUUGACUCCGCGGUUCAGAAGACUGAACAGUCAAACCUGUUUUAGAGAGAAUAAACAGCUGUCAGGUUUUUCUGGUCCCUUCAGGGCGACUCAGCUGUGGCAUAACAUCAUUGAAGCUCUGCGGACGCAGGUGGAGCUCCGACCCCGCAGACAUCACUUGCGCGUCCAUCAUGACUGCUUCACCGGCUCUGAUGCGGUAGAUGUAGUUCUGAGCCACCUCAUGCAGAACAUCUAUUUCUGCUCCAGCGAAGUGUCCCGUCUCAAAGCUGCCAAGCUCUGCCAAGCCCUAAUGGAGUCUAGAGUGUUCGAACCCAUAGGGAUGAAGCUCUUCAGACGAGAAAAAGAAAUGACCUUCGAGGACUCCAGCUGCAGCCUCUACCGCUUCCUGGACGGCUCGACCAAAAAGACACACAGUGGCUGUGAGAAUCAGACUCCAGACAAACAAACUGGAAAGAGGAAGACCACUUCGAGGUUUGGAGAAAUGCAGACCAUCUCCAACCCAUUGGUUCUUGGAUCUUCAGAUAGAAGAGUGGAGAGACUACUAAAGAAUAUAAACCUGCACCCAUCUGUGCCCUCUGAUUUAAACCGUGCUGCUAUUUCCAACAGCUUCCUCUCAAAAAAAGUGGUACGGGACGUUUGGAAGCAGCAGGCGUUACUUCAGUUGCUACAGGUGGUUGAGAUCUCUAUGCUAGACUGUAUUCUGACCUCACCUGCCAAACUGGAGCCCCUGCGCUCAUCUCUGCGCAACCACGGCGACCUGGUCAUCUCCAACACCCGCGUGGAUCGUGAAGUGUCAGAGAGUCUCAACCUGCCAGAGUUGGACUCUUGGCUGAUGGCAGCAGUGGAUUGUCUUGAUCUGUUCCCAGAUCAGUUAAUCGUGGUUGCCAGCGAACAGCUCAUUCAGCAGAAUGCAGCAUCUGGAGAGGAGAAGCAUAAGAGACUGCUGUUCGACACCAUCGCCAAAUAUUACAACAGCCCCGAGAGACCUCCACUACUGUCAGGCCGCUACACAGACAUCCAGACUGGAAUCCUAAACCUUCUGGAUUGUGGGAGAGGUGAGGAUGCCCUACGAGUGGCUCAGCUCUGUCUGCAGCUGUUGGAGUCCACAAGCAGAGACGAGUUACGCAGGCUAUUGGGUUUUAUGGCAGCUGCUGCAGAUAAUGAAGCUUUCAGACUGCACAAGCAGAUUGAAAACCGGGCUUUGGUUAGCAAGACGUUUGUGAAGGCCGUAAUCCAGAGUAAAGAAAUGACUCGUGUCCAAUGUGAGCAACUGCUGCUGUUCCUCAUGGAUAAUCACACACAACUCUUUAAGACACCAUUAUCAUUGAUUGAGGCGGUGAGGAAGACACUACAAACUUUACAGCAAGGGAGGGAUCUAGAUAAUGUAGCAUUGUUCACAUUCUGCAAGCAGGUGUCGCUCCAGCAGUACGAGGAUGACAAAGAUAAAGCUACUCUUGAUAGUUUGAAGCAGUUAAUGCACCAUAUCGCUCACAGUGACGGGCUGUCUGUCAAACAGAAGAGACGACUUGCCAAACAGUUCCAGAAACACCACCCAGGGAUUUUCCUCCAGCACUUCUUCUCUUCAUUCUGAAAACCAAUGAACACGGGAUAAAAAUAGCCUGUUAAGUCUAUGAAUGCUUUUAUUAUUAUCUGGGUUGUAGAAUAGUUGAACUUAUUUUCAUUAGUUGAAAGCAUUUUGACACUCAUCUGAGUGGAUUUAUCAGUUAUAGAAUUUAUCAGAAUGUCACAUUACAUAAAAUAAUAUAGCGGAGAUUAGAAAUUAAUUACUAAAUUUACAGGAGAUGUGUUUGUAGAUAGAGGACUUCAUUUGCAAGUAGAUUUAUAUAAGCUUUAUAAGCAGAACCGUUAUUACAAUUAUUAAUGUUAUGACAAAACUGCUUAUCACUACUGUACACUACAUAAUUCCAUCAGGUGAGUGAAUAUGCUGUUUUUAUGAGCUUUAAAAAGUCAGCAUCAUCUUGAAUAUCUCAAUGUAGAAUUACUUGAAUCGUGUGAUAUGCUCAGGUUUUUAAAAACUAUUAGAAAUAGUUUUAGCUGCACUUGAAAUUGAGAAAUAGAUAACUACGCCUUAAAGGUAGAGAUUUGAAUUAUGCUCUUUGUAUUUUUUUUUUUUCCCAAUGACUGUAAGCAAAUUAUUUUAAUUAAUAUUGACCUCAAUAUUACUGUGCUCUGCAUAAGUAUCAACUUGUGAUUUUUAAGUGGAUUUGUGUUGAUUAUUGUAGCAGUAUAUGAUGUGAAUAUGUAUGUAUAAGGCAUAAUUAUUCAGAAAAACAAAGGGAAGUUUUAAUUGUAAAACACUGAUGAAUGAAUGCACUGGAUUAAUUAUGGUGUUACAUAUUAAUGAUAUUUAUUAAUAAAUAAUU